AUGAAGAAGGACUGGGACAAGCUCAUGAAGGAAUAUGCCAGCCAUGAGUCGAUCUUGGUUGCAGAUGAUUGCAUCGGUGAAGGCAAGGCCAUGUGCGACGAAGUGGGCGUGGAGGGCUUCCCAACCAUCAAGUACGGUGACCCCGCCAACCUAGAGGACUACGAAGGUGGCCGCGAGCUCUCGGAGCUGCAGAAGUUCGCGAAGGACAACCUUGGCCCAAGGUGUGGCCCGGCAAACCUGGACCUCUGUGAUGCCGACAAGAAGAAGCAGAUAGAGGAGUUUUUGGCAAUGUCCGGGGCUGCCUUGAAGAAGGAGAUCGAGUCGAAAGACGAGGAGAUCGCAGCUGCCAGCAAGGAGCACGAAACCUUCGUUGAGUCGCUGCAGAAGCAAUACGAGGAGUCCGAGAAGAAGCUGACGGAGGCCAAACAGCGCAUCAAGGAUAGCGGGUUGGGCCUCAUGAAAGCCGUGAAGGCAUACCGGAAAUCGGUCAAGAAGGAGGAGCUCUGA